AUUUUAUAUCUUAAAGGAUCUUCUGGCUCAAUCCAAAGAUGGCCCACGACUUCGCACUUUUGCCCUUUCUCUUCCUGAGUCUAUGAUUUCAGAGAAAUCCAUGGAUUAAGCCUUACCCCUUCUUCUUUCUCUUUCCGCUCGAUUCCGUUAUCGUACUAUCGAUUUCUCCUCUUUCAUCGUUGCUACUAUCUCUGUUGAUUUUUUUCUUUUUUUUAACGAUUCAUAUCUUAUUGCCUUUUUGACCAUCCGUUUUGGUUUGAAGUUUGAACUCAAUUAGAUCGGAUAUGAAUUCCGGGUAAGUUGUUCUUGAUAGAAGAAGGGGAGCUCAGUUUUGUCCGUUGGGUUCUUUGUAUUUUGGAGUAUGAAGGCUUGGUUUACGAAAUCUUUAGGAUUUUCAGUUGGUUGUUCGGGGUUUACAAAUUUUUGAGCUGUAUUCAGGUGGAUAGCUUCUGGGUUUGAAUUAAAUUAGACUAGUUUGUAGAUUUUAUCGACUUGUGAGGUUAAUAUUGAGCUUCUUGGAGUACUUAUUUGGCAUCGAAGGUCCAGGAGGAGGUCGAAAUGAGUGGGAAAACAUGUAUCUGUAAUCGUACCUUGCGUUGAAUUAGAGAGAAGAAAGGAUGAAGAGAGGAAAGGAUGACGAGAAGACGAUGGAACCUAUGUUUCCUAGGCUCCAUGUCAAUGACACCGAGAAAGGAUGGCCAAGGGCGCCUCCAAGGAAUAAGAUGGCCCUCUACGAACAGUUCACUGUACCAUCCAAACAUUUAAGUCCCGGGGUUUUGCCUCUCAAGACGAACAACUCCAGCAAACCAGUUACCACGCCUUCCUCGAGCCAGGGUACAGGAACUGAUGGAAAUCUGCAGCUGCCAUUAAACUUGUCUUCAACAAAUCCUACCAAUCAGGCUGGAACAUCUCCGGCUCAACCAUCUAGUGGAUUAAAUGUGAAUCCUACACUGGUACAGCUUGAGCGGAGUCAGCAGACAACAGAAAUAGAAGAUGAGGAUGAUUUUAUGGUUCCAGUAUACAAUCAAUCUAGGAUGAGUAAAAAUAAAGUUCGAAAUAGUGACCAUAAGGAAAAAUUGUCGUCUCCUGGAUCAAAACAUUCCGACUGUUCUACAAUAUUGCAAGCUAGUUAUGAAAAGGAUCCAGGUCAUCUUACAUCCUCUAGUGCUCACUCAAGACAAGAAAUAACUAUUACAAAGAAGGUGAAUGGCAAAAGUAUGGUUCAUUCUGCAAAGUCCAGAACAAAUUUAUUGGAUAGAGAAAAUACUGAUGGAAUUCUGCAGGAAGCUAAUGUAUCUAAAAGUCUAGUACUUCAAGAUAAAUCUAGUCAUAGUUUUGACAAAUUGCAGGCUAGUGAUGUUCGGUUACAGCAACAUUCAAGAUCCAGUAUACAACAGGAUGAGAGUGGAUUUGUUGACGAUGUUGUUGAGCCUACGAGAGAUGGGGAGGUAGAUAGUGUUCCUUGCUCAAGAGUGGACUCUCAUUCUUUGGAAAAGAAUGGGAAUUUAAACAUGCCAGUUGACAUUGUCGAGAAUCAUGUAGGUUGGACUUAUAAUGCCAUAAGGGUGGGGAAUGGAGACAAAAGUGAUAUUGUAUCUGAAAAUUCAAUGGUCGACUCAAUUUCUGGCACGGAUAUCUGUCCAGAUGAUGUUGUAGGAAUAAUAGGUCAAAAACAUUUCUGGAAAGCUAGAAGAGCAAUUAUUAAUCAACAAAGAGUGUUCGAGGUCCAAGUGUUUGAGUUGCAUAGACUCAUCAAGGUCCAACGGUUAAUUGCUGGGUCACCUCAUCUCAUACUUGAAGAUGGUAUUUUUCUGGAUAAUUCUUCUCCAAGCCCUCUUCCUGCUAAAAAGCUUAGGUCGGAUUACACGGUGAAAUCAUGCGUGCAGCUCAAGCACAAUGAUGACCCUAAGAAGCCAAAACACAAUGUGGAAUGUUCAGCAGAAAAUGCUGUUGGGAAGACACCUCUUCCUCCUGCAUCAUCUGUUGGUUGUCAGCCUUCAACCAAUGGGCCUUACUCUGUAAAUCCACAACCAACUCCAGUUUCUGCUGAUAAUAAUUUAAGCAGUUGGUACCAGACACCAGCUGCUCAUCACUGGCUGGUCCCUGUAAUGUCUUCUUCUGAAGGACUUAUAUAUAAGCCUUACCCUGGGCCAGGUUUUAUUUAUGGAGGAUGUGGACCUUAUAGUCCAAUCAUGAAUCCAUCCUAUGGCUUUCCAGCUUCUGGUCAUCAAGGAAUUGGAGCUCUUCCCAAUACUCCCAUGGUUGGUGGUACUUACUUCCCUCCUUAUGGCAUGCCAGUCUUGAAUCCAGGCAUGUCAGGUUUGGCUGUUGAUCAAGUUAACUGGUACAUGGGAGACCCAAAUCAGCUAUCGGGAGGCGUGGCUGCUUCCAGUAUGCAGAAUCAAACCUCAUUUGAUAUUUCAACACAGAGAGAUAGAGAUGAAAAUCAAGAAACUGUUUCACAGACUGUUAAGUCCCGAGCACCCAAAAGGAAUGAGGUACAAGCAAGUACUGCAUGCAGUAGUCCUGCAAGUAGUCCUGCAAGUAGUCCUGCUAGCAAAGUGCAAGGAAAUGGGGCCACUCAAACUGCUGAAAGCCGGGAUGUGCUUCCACUUUUCCCUGUAGCUCCAGCGGUCGCAGAGGACGGUCCUCAACCUUCAGACUCCGGCCAAACAAAGCAGGUGAUUCGAGUGGUACCACACAAUCGAAGAUCUGCAAACGAAUCAGCUGCACGAAUUUUCCAAUCUAUUCAAAAUGAGAGAAAACAGUACGACUCAAAUUAGCAAGUUCUUUCUCCCCUUUACUUUCUCCAUUACCUCAAUUAUCUUUGAGUUAUCUUAUUGUGUUGUUUAUUAAUCUAAUUUACACACUUCUUUUGGGGUAUAAUGUUUUGUUUACUACAUUCUCCCUCCUCCUCCACCACCUUGUUCCCCCAACCUCAGCACAGUCAUUCAGAUGUAAAUAAAUUUCUGGAGAUUUACAUGUCAAUGCAAUGGGAAUAUGAGUCGCAAGUGUUCUGUACAAUUUUAGGCAUCUGGUUAUUGCUCUGUUAAGGUAAUAGCCCUCAUCUGUCUCAUCUGUUGAGGUAAUACAUUUAUUU